AAUAGAAGAACCCACGGGAUUUCGAGUACUUAGCGGGCGUUCAUUGUUUAGAAGUCUUAGCUUUUUGCUUCCGCUGUGCAAUGAAGAUACCGGUCCAGUCACGCCAGCUCUGAUAUUUCGGGGUGUGACAAAUAAAUGCUCCCGAACCUAAAUUCACUUGGCUAGCCCGAGUAGGCUCAAGCUUAGUUAUAAAUUAUAAGUACAUAAAAUUGUGAUGCCUCACUUGAAAGACUCAUCCCACACAUGAUACCCUGUUCCUAGGGGGCAUGAGCUGGCUAUUUUCGCAAGUCAUUUUGGUCUUUGGCCAUUUUGGUAAUUUUCCCCACGAGAUAAUUAUAUAUUGUUCCCCACGAGAUAAUUAUAUAUUGUAGCUAUCACAUUAAUGAACGACACAAAAUAAGACGUACAUGGAUGACUUUUCAAAAAGAAGCAGCGUCUCAUGUAAAUUAGGACCACCUCCAUUAUAUAAGUUAGGACCAAAGUUUUCAUAUGAACGUAAUUUUCAUAUGAAUGUAAAAAUGGUUGAGUUUGUGAUAAUUAUAUCAUCAGUCCUGGCGCUAAUCCUAGUGUCCAUCCUUGCUAAAUUUAAAAGCUUUAGAUCAAAUCUUCCACCAGGCCCUUCAGGCCUUCCUAUAAUCGGAAACUUGCACCAACUACACACCAACCACCUUUCCGACCACCUAUGGCAACUAUCAAAACGCUACGGUCCACUCAUGUCCUUACGGCUUGGUCGGGUCAAAGUGGUGGUUGUUUCUUCAGCACAAAUGGCAAAAGAAGUCCUGAAAACAAACGAUGCGAUCUUUUGUAGUAGGCCGGUAUUCACGGGGCAGCAAAAGAUCACUUAUGGCUACAAGGGUUUGGUUUUGACCCCUUAUAAUGAAUAUUGGCGAGAAAUGAGAAAGAUUUGCACCCUUCAUUUGUUCACGUCGAAAAAGGUGCAAUCUUUUCGUUUUGAUCGUGAGGAAGAAGUUUUCCUCACGAUCAAAAGGAUAAUAUCUCAAAUCACUACUCCAGGUUCACCUGAAGUAGUGGUUAAUUUAAACGAGACUAUAAUGACUCUUACAAGUACAAUUAUUUGUAGAGUCGCUUAUGGUUUGAGGCAAGGAUAGGAAAUGAGCCGAUUCCAUGAGCUUCUUUUGGAGUGUCAAGCGGUGUUGGUUAACUUCUAUUUUCGGGAUCAUUUCCCAUUGAUGGGGUGGCUUGAUCAUCUAAAUGGAAGCAUGGCUAGGCUAGAGAAGAACUUCAACGAUAUGGAUGUGUUUUACCAAGAUCUUGUUGACAAGCAUUUGAAUCCCAAAGGACCCAAACUGCAAGAUGAUAUUGUGGACAUCUUACUUCGGCUUAAGAAGGAUGAUUCGUGUUCAUUUGGUCUCACUUUCGACCACAUCAAAGCAAUACUUAUGGAUAUUUUUUUGGCAGGUACCGAGACAGUUGCGUCAACCGUUGUUUGGGCUAUGGCUAUGCUCAUUAAGAAUCCAAAAGCUUUGAAAAAGGUUCAACAAGAGGUAAGAAAUGUUGUUGGAAACAAAGGGAAUGUUGAUGAGGAUGACCUACAAAAACUCGAUUAUCUAAAGGCAGUAAUAAAAGAAUCACUCAGAUUAUACCCGGUUGGACCUCUUUUGAUACCACAUGAAACCAAUGAUAAAUGUGUUUUAGCCGGGUACACGAUUCCAAAAAAGACUUUGGUUUAUGUAAAUGUGUGGGCCAUUGGCCGUGACCCUAAUAGUUGGGAAAACCCUAAUGAGUUUGAGCCAGAAAGGUUUAUGAGAAGUAGUAUCGAUUACAAUGGUUCGGACUUCAAGUUCAUCCCGUUUGGGUCAGGUCGAAGAGGGUGCCCUGGCAUGUUACUUGGAGCUACAACAUUGGAAUUGAUCCUUUCGAAUCUUAUCUACGUGUUCGAGUGGAGCUUGCCUAAUGGGAUUAAGAGAGAGGACAUUGACACAUUGACGGCUCCCGGAUUUGUUCUUCACAAGAAAAAUGCCCUUAAACUUGUUGUUAGCUAUCCAUGAUUGUCAUCUUUGCAUCCGUUUUGCGUGUAAUGUCAUUGUUAAAAUGAAAUAAUAAAAUAAAAUAAUAAUAA